AUAUAUAUUUUCGUUUUUUCUCUCAAAAUCUCAUUCUCAGAUCCACAGAUCUUUUCCCGGAAAAAAAACCCCCUCUUUCUCUAGCUAGAUUCCCUAUUCAUUCUCUGGAAAGACUCGUUUUUCCAUCUGUAGGUGUGUAAUCUUUUAGAUUUGGAGGUUUUAUUAUUGUAAUUGUUUCUUCAGAUCUUCAGUCACAUUGCAGAUCUAGGGUUUGAUUGGAGCUCUAGGGUUUUAGGGUUCGUUCCUUCCUUCCUCUCCACACUGGUUAUGGCGACUCCAUUUCACUUGCCCGUCACUGCUGCUCAGGUUGGGACGUACUUUGUUGGGCAGUACUACCAUGUUCUUCAGCACCAACCUGAUUUUGUUCAUCACUUUUACAGUGAUGCCAGUACAAUGAUUCGUAUUGAUGGGAACACGAGAGAGACGGCCACGGCAAUGCUGCAAAUCCAUACACUUGUUAUGUCUCUCAAUUACACUGGAGUAGAAAUCAAGACAGCGCAUUCCCUUGAUUCUUGGAAUGGAGGUGUUCUUGUGUUGGUUUCUGGAUCUGUGCAUACUAAAGAUUUCAGUGGCAGGAGGAAAUUUGUGCAGACUUUCUUCCUUGCGCCACAAGAGAAAGGGUUCUUUGUUCUCAAUGAUAUCUUUCACUUUAUUGAUGAUGAACCUCUUCACCACCAUCCAGUUGCCUAUUUAGCCCAGAGCAAUCUUGAUUCCAAACUAAAUGCUUCAGCUACUAUUCGAGAACCAGCAUCCAAUUACAUGCUGGGUGGAGAAACACAGGCCAGGGAGUUUGUGGCUCCUGCAGAUGUUAAAGAAAAUGGUCCAGUUGACAAUUACAGUUUCUCAGAGCAACAGCUGCAGCACACGCCUGAGGCUGAAAGCAUCCUUGAAGACAAUUUUCCAGAGUCUAAUGGUACACUUCAAAGUUCAACGAGCCCCGUACCAGAUCACCUGUCUGCUCCUUCUGAGGAACCUGUCGGGGAGCCCCAAAAGCGCACUUAUGCUUCCAUUUUGCGGGUUGUUAAAGGACAAUCAGCAACAUCAGCACCUCCUCAGGCCUCUUUUAACAAGUCCACACCUCCCGCUUCAGAAUGGAAUCAUGUACCAGAAUUGCCUGCUCAGCAGUCUGUAGCAUCAUCAAUUGCUGUAGAAAGUUCCGGGGCUGAGGCUGCAGAGGAGGUUUCAGCUGUGGAGGAUGAAGGUGAAGUGAAGUCAGUUUAUGUGAGAAACUUGCCAUUUACUGUGUCUGCUUCUGAAAUUGAGGAGGAAUUUAAGAUAUUUGGCAAACUCAAGCCUGAUGCUGUGGCCAUUAGAAACCGAAAGGAUAUUGGUGUUUGCUACGGGUUUGUUGAAUUUGAAGAUAUCACUGGUGUUCAAAAUGCAAUCAAGGCUUCUACGGUUCAGAUAGCUGGACAACAAGUAUUCAUUGAAGGGCGGAGAGCAAACAGAAUCAGUGCAUCUCGAGGAGGAAGACGGGGUAGAGGCAGGGGUGGCUACCAAACAGAAGCACCAAGGGGUCGUUUUGGUGCUCGGAGUUUUGGUGGGGGAAAUGGUCAGGACGGAGGUGAUCGUGACUACAACAGAUCCAGAGGAAAUGGCUUCUACCGACCCACUCCCCGGCAAGACAGGGGGCUUUCGGGCAACCAAGUGUCUAGAAGUGGACAGCACCAGUCAGAGUGGACGACUCAGUAGUCAGUAGUCUUUUCAAGUAUCGGGUAUGAAAGUUUUGCGCCAAGUUAUUUUUCAGGUAUCAGGUAUGAAAGUUUUGUGCCAAGUUAUUUUUCAAGUAUUGGGUAUGAAAGUUUUGUGUUAAGUUAUUUGGGUUCAGCUAAUUUGUCUUUAUGGGUCUCAAGGCCUCCAUAUAUUUCAAGUAGGCGUUUCAAAUAGAUGCUCUAGGAAGAUGCAUAGCAAUUUUUUUGGGGGAAAGUUUUGGAAUCUCAUUUUUUUCUUUCUUUCGUGGACUUACUAAUUUGAAAUGUAACAAUUUGCAAUUUUGAGCUCUAUCUAAAUUGAAGUUUUGUCUGGUUUGGGGAAUUUUGAGCUUUAUAUAAAUUAUUAUUAUUAUUUUAAAA